AUGGACGCGCAGGAGUCGCCCGGGAGCAAUCACGAGAUCGGCUCUCUUACCCAACCUUCGCCGCACGAGUCGCGCUUCAUCGGUUCAUCAAGCGGCAUCUACUUCAUCAACACCGUCAAGCAGGCCUUUGAGCAGUCCGGGCGACAAUGCGGCUCUCUGCCGGCCGCAGAGGAUACAGUGGGCGGGGAAGACGACUACGCCUCGGCGAGAAACUCGCCUGCUCGGGAACGUGAGCAUGGCCUGGAAGUGACCUUUACUGCCCAAGGAGCCAUCGAGAUUCACAACUCGGCCAACCUUGGACUGCUGCUCUCAUUCGAGGUGGCACAGCAGCUUGCGAUUGAAUAUUUCAAGACAUGGCAUCCAUUGCUACCCUUCCUGUCUGGUCCAGAGUUCCUCCGAGAGCUACAUGCACUUUAUCAGGACCCAAGGAUGAUGCAAGGCCCUGGCACGGUUCUUGUCGACCGGCGUCAGCUUUGCUUUCUUGUCAUCUUGCAAUGCGUCCUGGGAGUCGGUGCCAGCGGAUCCUCCACUGCCGGUCAUAUGCCCUUUAGGCCGGAUUUACUUCAGCUCGUAUCGUCUCUGGCAUCGAGACACGACAUGCUGACCGUUCAGACCGUCCUAGCUGCUCAAGUAUACUGUGUCUCCCAGAUGGCGUUGCGCACGGCUUCGUCGCUGGGCGGUCUAUUGAGUAAAUUGUUGUACCAUGCUGGCCUACAUCGAUGCCCGUAUCGUUAUCCGCAACUCUCUAACGAGGAUCGAGACCUCCGCAAACGUGUCAUCUGGAGUUCGUUCGCGCUGGACCGAUACAUUUGCCAGGCACUCGGGAUUCCCGUGUCCCUCACAGAAGCCGAAAUCGACGUUUGCAUCCCUGGCAGAGAUGAGACCCAUGGUCGGCAGACCAAUGGUUCGGAAGCGAAGAUGCCAGCGAAACCAACGGGGAUCCCUCGAGAGAUCAUCUUGUCCAACUUCGUAGACCACGGCCGUCUUGUCGGUCGUGCUCUCGAGAUCUUCCACGUUUCCAUUCACACCCGCAGUCAUGACCCACGUAUGGUCCUGUUCCUACGCUCAGAUGUGGACAGAUGGUUUAACAGUCUCCCAGAGGAGCCCAUCAUCACGCCAGAGAGCUCGGCAGCCGAGGAACAGAUAGCGCGGUUCCUGCCAUUCUUUCAUGUCCUGUACGAGCAGCUCGUCAUCUCCACCAACAGACCUUCCCUUUCUCUGCCGAGAAAUACACCAGAGUUCCAUCAUGGCCUGCAAGUCACCAUUCGAGCGGCCAAAAGGACCAUUGUUGCCAUGGAAAAGCAGACAAACCUCUUCUGGCCUGGCUACCUCGCCGCAGUAUGGAUGUCUGGACUUGUAAUUUCUUUCGCAUGUCAGAUAGGACUGUAUACCAUUGACCAGGGCUCACAGUAAGGAUUUGACUGCUACACGUACAAGAAGACACCGCUGACGUGACACAGAGAGAUUCUCCGUUGCCUAGACUUGCUCAAGCGAAUGUCUGGCCGCUGGCGUAGCGCAAGCCGAUGCCACGCGGCUCUGUCGGUGCUCUUAUCCAACCUCCAACAAGGUCAGCGCCGGACCAGCUCUGAUGCGUUUGGUCACGAAGAUCCGUACGGUCCUUCUGCGAAACAAAGAAGGCUCAAGGAUACCGCUUCACCCAUGGAGUCGAAGCCCGUGGCGACGCCGGCUGACGACGCCAGCGAUACGAACCAAAGUGCAGCCAGCAAUGCUGAGGGCCUGGUGCCAGCCACAGACCAAUCUGAUAAUAUGGCCGGUUGGGACGCCAGCGACUUCUUGAGAGACCUCUCGUGGAACAACCUGUUCGAUAUCAACGACUUGGCGCAGGCGUCGGAUUUGCCUUUCUUGCCCGGUUAA